AUGGCGCGUCGCCUGGCGCUGAUUACGCUGCUGGCGUGCGCGGCGGCUAUACGCCGCCCGCCCCGAAAUUCCGCGGACUUCUCCAACUCGGACUCCUUAGACUCCUUUUCAGUGUGGGACGAAUACGACUCAUACGAAUCCACGCCUACGCCGCGACCGCGAUCAACUACACCUAGUGCUAAAGUGUUACUUAAGGGCAAAAACCCUAAGGUGAAUGUGACUAAAGACAACGCUAAAGGUGAAGAUAAAAAAAUAAUUAAGACUACACAUAUUAAUAUAGAGAGUCAUAAUAAUUUUCUAGGUACUAAGCCACCAUUAGUAAAGCACAAUUCAGAGACAGGAUUACCUGUAGUCCAGAUAGGGGACCAAUAUUUGCUAGUAGAAGCCCCUAACGUGGAGCAUGUUGUUACUCGGAAGCCAGUGGCGACUCGGCGUCCGGUUUCCCGGCGGCCGACUGCGACGCGUCGGUCACCAACUAGCACUCGCCGACCAACCACACGCCCGAUGCGCAAUACCAAACCGACCAAAACACCAUAUAAAAAGAAAACAACCUGCCCGCCAAAGAGUUCGGGAUGGCUGUCAUCGUUUUUUGAUGGAAACAAAGUUAAAAAGGGUUUAAAGACACCAGAGAAAUCGGUAUGGUUUUCAGGGUUCUUUUCUAAAAUAUAUAACUGGCUUGUGAAAUCAAAAUCAUCGUGGUCGUUCUUCGACAGCAGCUGGUUUUUAGAUGAAAUGACACCAAAAAAACCACUAUCAUCAACUACUCCUCAGCCGUUAACAACGGCGCCAAGCAGCUGGUUUCAGACACUUCUGGAAACAGAAGAUGGAGAGAGUUCCUACGUUACGGAUGUCGAUUUCAGUAUGAAAAAGAGUGCAAAGAAAGCCAUUAAGAAAAACUAUAGAGGAUAUCAGCUAUUAAGAACAUACCCAGACGCCAAGUGGAAAGUUCACGAGAUGAUAAACUUGCAGGAAGAGGCGCAAGACUCAGGGGUCAUGUGGUGGACCCCACCGUCAUUUAACGGUACUACUGACGUACUUGUGCCUCCUGACCUCCUGGUUGACGUCAAGGAUCAUCUCAAAUCAAACAAAAUAGACUUCGAUGUAGUAAUAUGGGAUUUACAGAAAGCGAUUACCUAUGAAAACCCCCGACUUUCGAAGAAACAACGAUUAGAAUUGGAGCAUUUACGAGGUCAUCCAAUGACAUGGCGGCGAUACCAUCGAUAUGCUGACAUCCUUCGAUAUUUGGAAUACUUGCAGCAUUCCCAUACUGAUUUGGUUGAGCUGAUACCUUUAGGGCGAUCAUCCGAAGGUUUACCACUGGUUGCCGUUAAGAUAUCACUGUCUGGAAACGACGUGAAUAAUGAAAACGGGAAUAAGAAGAAAUGGAAGCUCCGAUCACGCAUGAAACCCGCAGUAUGGCUGGAUGGCGGUGCACAUGCUCGAGAGUGGAUAGCACCAGCUGUUGCGACUUGGAUAAUUCAUGCCCUGGUUGAAGGAGAGAAAGGUUUAGGCGCAGAUCACGACGUGCUCAAGCAGGCUGACUUCUACAUCAUGCCGGUGUUGAACCCCGACGGUUACGAACACUCACAUACUCACGACCGGCUUUGGAGGAAAACACGGUCGCGUCUGGCCGAUCAUUCCGACGACUACUAUGUAGGAUGAUUAUUAUAUCUCAAAUUUCAUCAAAUUUCGUUUAGACGUGAUUACAAACCAAGAUCCAAGUAUAAGUUUCCAUGGAACUGGGGCCAAACUGAAUGUAUAGGCGUGGAUGCAGAUCGCAAUUGGGAUUAUCACUGGAGUGAAAAAGAUUCGUCUCGCAACCCUUGUUCUGAGAACUAUGCUGGUCCACACCCAUUUAGUGAACCUGAGACACGAGCGGUUUCAGAAUUCCUUGCAGAACAUAAAGGACAAAUUAAGCUUUACAUGUCGCUACACGCAUACUCACAAGCAUGGCUGGUGCCGAGUUCACAUUCACGUGAGGAAUUCGCUGAUGACGGUAUUCUCACCGAGAUGGGUAAAUUGGCCACCUCUGCACUCGCUGACUUAUAUGGCACGAAAUACCAGGUUGGCACUGCUAGUGAAAUCCGCCAACCAGCAUCUGGAAUGGCCCAUGAUUGGGCGAAAGCAAGAGCCGGCAUCAAAUUUUCUUACCACGUAGACUUACGAGAUUCCUUUGGCCCUUAUGGUUUCUUAUUACCAGGAUCACAAAUAGUAUCGACUGCACGUGAGACCUGGCAGGCUAUCAAAGCAAUGGUUGAUAAUUUUUCACCAGGAAAAUAA